ACCUCAACAUUGCGUCGUGCAGUGGUUGUUUUGGUUAACAAUAUAGCUUCAAGAAAGCACGUCAACACGUUUAAAAUAUGGAAUUUCGGCCGAGUGAGACCCAACGCAGCGUAGCGGAGGAUUGCGGGACGCGUUAAGCGAAUGAUUUGACAAGUCUUCCUGUUGUAUUGCUCCGCAUGUUCCAUUUCUUCGUAGAUGGUCUCCGGAGAGCGUUGUCUGUUGGUGGACACAGAGUUGUCGACGAGUAACAUGAAGGAGAUGAUUGGAGGGUGUUGUGUUUGCUCAGACGAGAGAGGCUGGGCGGAGAACCCGCUGGUAUACUGCGACGGACACGGCUGCAACGUCGCCGUGCACCAAGCCUGCUAUGGCAUUGUACAGGUGCCCACUGGUCCGUGGUUCUGCAGAAAGUGUGAAUCUCAGGAGCGAGCAGCCCGUGUGAGAUGUGAGCUGUGUCCCCACAAAGAUGGCGCCCUGAAGAGGACGGACAAUGGCGGCUGGGCCCAUGUGGUGUGUGCCCUUUACAUACCCGAGGUGGAGUUUGCAAAUGUCUCAACUAUGGAGCCCAUCGUGCUACAGUCUGUGCCCCAUGAUCGCUAUAACAAGACAUGCUACAUCUGCGAGGACCAGGGCAGAGAGAGUAAAGCGGCCACUGGAGCAUGUAUGACCUGUAACAAACAUGGUUGCAGGCAGGCCUUCCAUGUCACAUGUGCCCAGUUUGCAGGGUUGCUGUGUGAGGAACAAGGAUCUGAUGCAGACAACGUCAAAUACUGUGGUUAUUGCAAAUACCACCACAGUAAAUUGAAACACAAAGAACGGGACAGACACAAACCCAAACACAAGAAGACCUCCAUGGAUAUGUCCCCCUCCCUUGUUCUUCCAAACAUCAUGGUCCCAGAGAAGACCUACAACAGCAGCAAUUCAGUGGGAGGGGGCCCACCUCUCCCCGCAUCCUCGCAGAAGCGACUGGAUGACGGUAACGCCCGUUUCACCAACGUCAACUUUCAGGAAGUGUCGUCCACUCAUUCUAUCGGAAGCUCCAAGGAAUGUCUUGCUGCUGAUCCCGGGAAGGGGGUGUCUGACAUGAAGAGCAAGAAGAACUCCAGUGGAAGUCAUGCGGUGGGGCAGAGGGGUGGCCGUAAGUCUCUCACCACCUCAGGGAAAGCUCUCCCCUCUGCUGUGGUCACCAUGGCAACCUCCUCCACAUCUGCCUCUGCCUCCACUGGGCCUUUCCACCAAGGGCUGCUGUUGACGAGUGCCUGCAAGACACUCUCUGCCCCCACGUCCUCUGAUUUCCUAAGCUUCGCCGACUCCUCCUUGCGUCCGGGAAGUGUGACUUCCUUCUCGUCACCACCAUCUUUCAGCUGCCUUGUAAAGCCGAGUUCAGACGGUGGUGCUUCAGAGGGAACAACAAAUCUUUUUGGCUCUCUCGCAACGACCGCUCCUGCAGUGGGCGGGAAGCUCUAUGAGAAUUCCCACAGUCUCUCAGCCAGCGAGACGACAAGCCUCAGCGGCUCUGCUGCCUAUAAACGGCCACAGCCCUCCAACACCGGACCGGGAAUCGCUGGAGCAACCUCAGGAGUAGGGGAGGAUGGAGUGAAGAAGAAAAAGAAAGGCAACUGGCGCAACAGAUUUGGACCUUGCUUCACAACAGAGAUCAAGCCGCCAGAGUCGUCACUCUCCCUCACUCUGCCCACCACCUCUACAGCCAACACCUCCUCUUCCUCUGCAGCCCUCCCUACAUCUUCCACCUCAACCCUCUCUGGCCGGCCUGGCUUAGCUUCCAGCGGUGGUUUAGGAUUGGGAGGAGAGAGGGGUCUUGGGGUCGUAGGCGUUGGCAGUGGGAUUCAGAAGUCGCCCUCACUCCUCAGGAAUGGGAGUGUGCAAAGCAACAGCGGGCCAGGUGUCUUUUCCAAUGGCGAUGGGCCGUCAUUGUCGGGGCCUGGAGCUGUCGCCAUUGGCGGAGUCACCUCGGACCAACUGCCACUCACACCUUCGCUUGCCCCUCCUUCUCCUUUCACAGCCACCGCACCCCUGACCAGCACGGCCGCCACACACGUGAGCGGCCUUCCUGGGUCAGUUUUCAACCUGGCUCCCUCACAUAUGUUUGGUAACCGGCUGAAUCCGAACUCUGCCAUGGCGGCGCUCAUCGCCCAGUCCGAGGCCUCGCCCGCAGAUCAGGAAGCCGGAGACACCAGCGUCAGUGUGCAGGGCUUCUCCAUAAGGGCUUCUCCCAAGACCACACCGCGCUCGCCAAUUGGCGGCCUACAGAUCCGCUAUGACUCAUCGGGGUCGUUGCCGGGACCGGGGCUCGGGUUGCUAGGAGCCGGGGGGAGCGGCGGCGAGACGCUGCACCCGGUGGCCACCACGAUAGAGCAGCUCCUGGAAAGGCAAUGGAAUGAGGGGCAGAGCUUCCUGCUGCAGCAGGGCGCGCAGGGAGAUGUGGUGGGCAUGCUGAAGUCCCUCCAUCAGCUUCAGGAGGAGAACAGGAGGCUGGAGGAGCAGAUUAAAACUCUCACCAUGAAGAGAGAGCGACUGCAGCUUCUCAGUGCUCAGCUAUCAGUGCCUUUCACACCCACCUCAGCCUCCUCUGAUGUAAAAGGAGGAACCGCUGACUCAUCUUUACCUGUGGCAGCUCAGGACAGUGCAUCAUGUGGUGGCCACAGCAGUAGCGGCUCCACGUCUUCCCUGUCGACCCCCCCCUCCCUUUCCCAAAGCCCACCUCAGCCGCAACUAAACGGUGUCAUCGCCGCAGGGACCGCUGGGCUGGGCAGCAUAUCAGGACUGAUGGGCACCUUCGGUGCCGGAAAUGCGCUUGGCGUGGGGGGUAUCGUUGGCGCACUGAACGGUGUGAUCCAGACGUCAGCGGGGACCGGAAGCCCGCACGCGACAGGAACUGCCAUCUUACCUGUCAAUAACAGCUCCGGAGCUAGUAAGAACAGCGCGGCGCGGCUCAGCUUGGCAGACCAGCAGAGGCUACUCCAGCAGCAUCAGCUCCAGCAACUGCUGGCGUCUCAGCCCUCAGCGGAGCACUUGCAUUAACUUCACCCUUCCGUCCCUCCCACAUCUCUUGUCUGGAAAAAUUAGUCUGAUCUCAACAAUCCCCCCCCACCCAUUUAUUUCCCCUCUUCAUUCCCUACUCCGCCCCCCUUUUGCUUUUUCUGCGCCGCUGUCUCCCAGCAGCGAAUGCAGCAACACCAGGACCAGCUGCAGUCCUACGCUGGCCACAUUUGCUCCAUCGACAGCCAUCAAGCCCUUCUUGGUGCUCAAGUACAACUUGCAUUCAUGCUUCAGGGCUGCAGAAGAAGGUUGUUGGAAUUGCGCAGGAAGGAAAAGACAUGACAUGUGGUAUUUGGAUUCAACGUUCAUUAUUUCUGUAAUUGAUGGGCCAAAUACUACAUUUUUCAGUCACAAACAUCACUUUUUUUCUGCUACCGUUCCACUUGUUUUUUUAGUAGGGGUGGGACUGUAACACACGAAUUGCGAUUAAUUAAUUACAAACAAAUUAGUUAGUUAAAAAAAAAAGAAUAGCAUUUUUAAUCACGCGUUCCCAACAAUGCUGAACCUUCGUCAGUGCAUGAUUUCAUGGUGCACUUUUCGUUCAAUAAACAAGUCAGGGCUCUGCUACCAAAAUGGAGGAAUUGGAUGAAAAAGUGUUCCGCGGACUGAUGGGAGGUCAAUUUCAUGAAAAGAAAAUACCCGAUGGAAGCCUUGAGAGCGCGAUUUUGUGCAAAUUGUGCUAAAAGAAGUUUUCAUACCGCCAAAGCGCUUCAACCCUCCGAUAUGUUUUCCAACUUUUCAACUGCCACACAGAAACCAUUUAAAGGCAAUAAUGUUUAUAAAAAAAAAAAAAAAAAAAACUGUCCUAAAAUGGCCCUUUUAACUUUAGCUCGGUUUAAUUCUGGACAGGGAUAUUUUCUAUUAGUUUUUCUACUGAUUUGUAUUGAAAUGCAAUUAAAUUCACAUUUCCAGCGUUAGCAAUAGUCCCGUCUGCGUCAAUUGUUUGAUGCAGUCGUCCGCAAAAAUUCAUUUAAAUUAUGUUAAAUGUUUAAUGUUGCUUUUUAGGCCAAAUCUUGUGAUCCGAUUAAAAAAUGUGGUUAAUCGACAUUAAUUACAAAGCCUCCAAUGAAUGAAUUUCUCGAAUCGAGUCCCACCGCUACUUUGAAGAUGUUUUUCAUCCCCAGCGUCAUCCAACCACGGACGGUCUGGUCUUUCUGCUGCGUCACUCUCUCAGGGGCCUCCGCACGUUACCACACGCGUUUCCUCGCAAGACUGCAAACACAAACAAAAAGAGCGCACCGUGUGUUUUGUAAGAAAAAAACGGAAUCCCUUUCUGCAGUAGCCGGUGCGCGUUCGGCAUCUGUCUGGCAUCAGAUAUCCCACCCGUUUCCACGAUGGCCGCUCUGCCUUCCUUUGUGCGGACCCGUUUGUGUGUCAUGGAGCCAAGUCUGGCUCAGUCAUCACCGACGACAGCCUGCUUGUGACGCUCUCCUCGCGGUGCAACCCAUGAUAGGGCACCAAUCACUUAAAAGGGCACCAAUGUCCACAGGAGAAACGACCAAGAAAUUGAAACGUUCAGAGGGACGCGCGGAUCCGCAUACCUGCGUGCGUCAACAUGUGGAAGUGGUCAUCCUUGAACGAGCCCCCCUAGCUGCAACUACCUCUCCGACACGCGGGACCUAAAUGGCCGACAGCAGUGGCCAAUAAAAAUCCACAAGAGUCAGGACCGGCCAAUCAGCCUCCACGCCCAAAGUGCCUGAGGCCAAGCAUUGAUUAUUAUUAUUAUUUUUUUUUAAAUUUUUGUUUUGUUUGACAUUUUUCCCUUUUCCUUUCUAUCACUCUGCUCUCGCUCAAUGCUGCUGUCAAUUCAACUGUGUUGCCAAGCCAACAGAUUAAGAAACACUCUUAAAAACCAGGAAAAAGAAUUUGUGCUGUCUUCUUCAAUAUGAAAGCAAACUUUUGUGUUGUGCUUUUUAUUUAUUUAUGUAACGGGUGUAAGAUGAUUAUAUCCUCCGAGUCCUCAGAUGUUGGUAUUUAACAUCACCUUGUACUACUGUGUAAAGUUUGUUUUCCUGUUUUUGGUUUCUUGUAAACCCUUUGAUUGACUUCUAUUUUGGAUCACGUGUUUAAAAUUUGAUGGGGAUUGUGUGACUGCAGCUGUUUAAUAAGGGUGGGGGCGGGGUCCAUUUUUACCUCUUUAAAUGUAAAUAGAUCUUCUUCGUCAUUGGCCGAGGGUGUACAUAAGCGUUUGUGCGAAGGAAAGCCAAUGAAGCCUCAGUUUGUAUGUGUGAUUUUCAGGGGUCAGAGCUGACAAUAAGGUUGGAGGUUUACUGGACACAAAGUAUUAAUUUAUUUUUGUAUGUGCAGGGACAUUGUGUUUCGGUUUUUUUGUUUUUUUUUAAGGUUUCUCACUGUUUUUCUUGACAUUUUAUACUCCAGUGCAGCGUGUUUUCAUCUGUGCACAAAAUGUUUGUAUCCGUUUGUACGAGUAACAAAAUAAUGGUGGGUGGGGAGCUGACAUUGUAUUUCAGAUCACAAAUUAAAGAAACACUCUGG